CCGAUUGCUGUCUCGGAGUCCCUGCGUCCCUCCCGUGCGCGGCUCUGGGAAUGCCGGGCUGGGGCUGGUUGUCUCGUGCGGGCGUUCCCGUUCCCGGGGAGGUCAUUUGCACCCUGAAUCACCCACUUCGAGCCCUUCCAACAGGAUUGCAGACCCGCCCGCUCCGGGCCCACCUCCUCCCUCACCAGGGCCUUUCCCGAGGCAUCCCGGCCAGGCCUGGAAAAACUCCGAGCGGGAUUCCCAGCACAGGGACGCCCACUGGAGCUCCGUGUCUCGGGCUGGAUAAGAAGGGGACCCGGCCUCGGUUCCUUCCCCGACCCUGGGGAAACACAGAGAAGGGGAGGGAUUGGGGGAGCAGGGAGGAUCCCUGGAGCGCGAGAGCGCACCAGGAGCCAGGAGGUCCCCUGCAUCCACUGCCCAAGCUACAGCGGCGUCAACGCCUGGGUCGGCGCUGGGAGCCUGGGCCUGCUCUCCUCCCGCCCCCAGAUGGAGGGCAGCCCUUCGCCUACCUUCUCCUCCCCGUGGGAUGCGGCCCGCGCAGCUCCCGCCCCAGCACGGAGACAAGGGGAGCAGGCGCGCGGAGCUACCGGGUGCGGACCCGCCACCUGCCGCACCCUUCCCUCCCCCACCCUGCCCCUUUCCCUACCCCCACCCCACCUCCCACCCCAAAUCCCGCUCGGCGCCCCACUCCUGACCCUGCUUGCCCGGGCACCUCGGGGCGUCCGCUCGCCGGCCUCGCCUCCACUUGCCCCGGCAGGCGCGCGUGGGCUCGGCGUCCCGCGCUCCCUCCUCGACCGUGCGACUCCCGCGCUGCCGGGUUUCCUGUUCAACAAUAUAACCAGGGAGGCACCGGCGGAGAGCGCCCGGCAGAACUUCCUCCCGGACUGGGGCUGGGCUGUGGUUGCGAGAGACAAUCCCCGGUGUCCUGGCUUCCUGUCCCCUCUGGGCCGGGCCAGCGCCUGACGAGCAAAGACGCCAUCCCCUCCCCUGCACUUCCCGGGAUCCUGGGCCACACCUGGCUGUCUCCAGGGAGGAAGAGGCCGCGGGGCUGAGACGG